AUGCGUUUUUUUAAGAGUAUACGUUUUUUUAGCAUAUCACUGCCAUUUCCUAAUUUAUUGUUUUUUUUAAUAGAUAAUCAUUUGUCACAUGGCAUCAUGAUGGGUAAAAAUCUAUGCCCACGAUGCAUUUUUAUGUUUCUUAAUGUUAAAGAUGAUGAAAUAUUGAGGAAAUCAGAGAAAGAAAUUGAGGAAAACCUCAUGUCAAGAUGGCCCAGUAUAUUCUCCAAAGAACAAAUACUAGAUUCCAGUGAAUGUAGCGAAAUAAAACAUUUUUGUCAUUCAUGUCUUGGCAUGCUGCAAGAUCAGUUUCUUCAUUCUUCAGUUGAAAAUAUAGCACAAAAGAUACAAAGUGAACAAUAUAUGUUUAGAAAUUUCAGAUUGAUGAUAUCGCAACCAGUCCAAUUUAUUCUUUUUCGAGCUUUCGUUCAACAUCAUUAUAAGAGUGUUAUUUCGGAUCACAAGCGAAAUGGAAAUGGAUUAGAUGUUAAAGACAUUUUCAAAAUUGUUCUUGAACCGAAAUUGGAAAAAGCUCUUUGUUCAAAAGCAGUAUAUAAUGAUGAUGCUGAACUUGAAGUUACUGUGGUAAUAAAACAUAGUAUUACAGAAUCUCACUUGCUCCCGAAAAUUGAAAAAUGUUUACCUGAAUGCUUCAAGCAAUCUAAAAAAGUAUUGGAAGGGAUGACUAGGAAGAGACCAAGAAAUGAUCUGACAAUAUUUACGUUAUCUGCGGUAUGUCAAGCUUCAUCAAAAUUGAGUCCCAAGGUUUUAGACGACUUGAUUGAACAAAGUUAUUUUCAAAAUUCUGUGUUUUUGGACCAAAUUAAAAUCUUGCGGACACCCAUUUAUGUGGCCGGGAGGUAUUGCAAAUAUUCACGUGAACUUUCGCAAACACCAUGGGUAAUAUCUGGUAAAAGAAUAUCCGAAAUGUCAGUUCAAGAAUAUAUUGCAGAUCCGAUUAAACUAUUAUUCAAAGCAGAUUCUUAUAAUUUUUCAUCUUCUGGACGAGAAGAUAUUGAUGUUCGAAUGUUGGGUAAUGGAAGACCGUUUUUGCUUGAAUUAGUGAAUCCACGAUUAUGUAUUGAAGAAAAAAACAGAGUUAAAAAAUUGCAAACUGAGAUUAAUGAGGUCACUGAUAUAAUAAAAGUAAGAGAUCUUCAAAUCGUAAGUAAAAAUGAAACGAAAAACUUGAAAGAUGGAGAGGAGGGAAAAACCAAAUCAUACUCUGCUGUGUGCUACACUAAGAUUAGUCAUUCACGCCCAAAAGUUAACAAGCUAACAUUGAAAAGUAACAUACUUAAAUUGUCUGAAUUGAAAAAUAUUAAAAUUGAGCAAAAGACUCCUCUGAGAGUAUUACAUAGAAGAAAUCUUGCUGUUCGUUCUCGAACUAUUUUUGAACUUGAUGUUGAGAUGAUUGAUGUAACCGAUGCCGCAAAAAUUGUUAAAAUGCCAAAGUUCAUUCCAAAAGAGUAUAUAUUUUUCAAACUAUGUAUGACAACACAAGCUGGAACCUAUGUGAAGGAAUUUGUGCAUGGAGAUUUCGGCCGAACAAUACCACAUGUUGGAAUUUUGAUUGGUGCUGACACUGACAUUCUUUCACUAGAUGUGGUUUCCGUAAACCUGGAAUGGCCGCUAUCAUUGCCGAAUUGAUGAAUCAAGAUUGAAUUGUAUGGUUGUUUUGAAGAAAUUUUUGCAAUUGCAUUAUUUAACAACCAACAGAAGUAGUUGGCCUGUUUAAGCACUGUGGAAUAGUUAUAAUCAUUCAUAUGUUUGUGUGAAUCAUGUAUUGCAUUGUCUUCAAUACAAGUACCUCGGCAUUGCCAUAUACAUUCAAUUAGGAAAAUUAAAAUUUGGGAAACAAUA